UCAGUUCAAAAAAAGUGUUUAAAAAAACAAUGCUUAAUUGAACCGUUUAAUAAAUUGCUAUAAUUGCAAGAAAAUGAGCACCUGUCACAUUUUGCGCGGAUGUGUGGUUGAACGCAUUGCUCGCGAGGGACAAUGACAUGUUGAACUCUGGAGCUCUCAACCAAUCAGAACGCGUCAACAUUUAAAGGGCUAUUAAGAGACAGGCUAAACGGCAGAGCGCAAAGCCUACAUCUCAUUUCUCUCGUAUUCACUCGCUUGCGAAAACGUAAAUGUGUUACUACAUGGCUUUCUUAAAGACAGGAUUGGAAUGAUACUUUUACACAGUCGAUAACAGGGCAUGUGUGCUUUUGUGGAUCUGCUGCACUUGUUGCACUGAGGCGAACGGGCUGAAUCUAACGGACUGAGAGAUAUUCACCGUUACGGGUCAAACCGAAAGGUCUUCGGCGCGUUUUCAUUUCGCAGAUCUGUUUCUUCAAAAACACUAAAUCGUGCCCAUGAUGCCAGUGUUAGUGAGUCCCGAGAUAGCGACUAAAUUCAAGGAGAAAUGGAUGAUGCUUCAUCCGGAGGACCAGGACAAUGUCAGCGGCUCUGUUCACUUUGACGACAGUCUCACCAGUCUGCACUGGCUGCAGAACUUCUCCAUCCUCAGUGCCAAUCCUGAGCGAACUCCCAGCUCCGGCUGCCAUCCGCAACACCUCUUCUACAACAAAAACCAGCAGGGGGGCACCGACUCGCCCUCCAGCCCACCUGCUGGAGAUACCGCCGCCACAGGGAUGCCACAAACACCUGGGAAUCCCACAACGUCCUGCAGCAGUUUGGCAAAUUCAUACGCGCACCAGCAAGCGGGACACUACAUAACGGCGCAAACAAAUCUGUCAGAGGAAAUAGACUAUAAAACAAACCGCCAUGUGAAGCCUCCCUAUUCAUAUGCCACUCUGAUUUGCAUGGCGAUGCAAGCUAGUAACAAAACCAAAAUCACUCUGUCAGCCAUAUACAGCUGGAUCACGGAGAAUUUCUGUUAUUACAGAUACGCGGAGCCAAGUUGGCAGAAUUCAAUCCGCCAUAACUUGUCCCUGAACAAGUGCUUCAUGAAAGUGCCCAGGCAGAAAGACGAGCCAGGAAAAGGAGGCUUUUGGCAAAUCGACCCGCAGUAUGCUGACAUGUUUGUCAAUGGCGUUUUCAAACGCCGCCGAAUGCCUGCCACAAACUUCAAUACCCAAAGACAGAGCAAAAUGUUAUCCUCUCCCAGCUCUUCAUACGGCUCUCAGUGCAAUCAGACUGGCCAACAAAUGGGAAUGGUCCACUUCCAAGGACCUGUCCCAGGAAACAAACGCAAGCAAGUCUUCCCCAAACGAGGCAGCAAGCUGGCCAGAGUCUCCAAGAGCCCUCUGUUAACCACCGACAUCAAAACUUCAGACAUAUUGAGAGGAGAUUUUGACCUGGCAUCUGUUUUUGACGAUGUGCUAAGUGGGAAUGACAGCACGUUUGAGGAUUUGGAUAUCAACACAGCACUGAGCUCGCUGGGAUGCGAGAUGGAGCUAUCUUCACAGAACCAGCACGGGCCUGGCUACAGAAAUGAGGACGAACAGGCUUGUGCUUACCUAGAGGCGAACGGCAUGAUGGGAUGCAACAUGGAGGACUUUCACCAACAGCACCACCAGCAGGUACAGGUCCACCCGCAAUAUUACGAGGGAAUGUUCACAGAUCAGGUCCACCAGCAUCAGCAGCACCCUUGGGAGAUUAAAGAGGAAGUCCAAGCCAUCCCACUUACCUUAGAUCAUGGCUAUGGGCUUUGUGAGGGAUUCUUCUCUGAGAUGCAACUCUGGGAAAGAGCAGAGUCAUAUCUGUGAACAUGUCUGAAUACAUAUGCACUGUCUUUGCUCGUCUGAAGACCUGUUGACUUUUGUUUUGCUACAUUAGCAUGAAGAAUUACUGAGGAUGUGAGAGGUUAUAUGUAAUUAUUCUUUGUACUUCUUUUGCAUUUUGUAAGAACAUAUACUGAUUCAUUUAUAAUUACUCUUGAUCUUUGAAUUCUUGAUUUUUUAUUAUUAUUUUUUUUUUUUUUUUGUUGGAAAUUUUCUUAAGAUGGAUAAAUAUUGUUGUGGGACAAAUGUAGUUAUUUAGGAUAUUGACAUUUUGUUCCUUGUUGAUUAAUCAAUCUAAUAUAUCAAUUUUAGUUUACUUGAUAUUUUAGGCAAUGUCAUGCUUUAUAUAAUUCUAACAAAAAAAUAAAUAAAAAAUAUAAAUCACAUAUUUGAGAGAAAAGGGAUGCAACAAGCCAAAGUGCUUCACUAAAAUCACUUCCAGAGACAAAAUAACUCAGCACAAGCACUUUGAAACAUUAGCUCAGUUUGUUGCCCAGUGAUUUAGACUCAUAAUUUAUUUUCUCCCUUUUAUGAUAAUCUCAAAGUGUCCCACAAGUGCUCUCCUACAUUUCAAAAUGUAAUGCAUUAGUCUCAGAUUUAGCAUGAAUUGUGGGUGGCAGUCUUACAAGGCAAUGACUGUUCUAGAAGUAUACUUGUAUCGAUUCUUUAAGAAAUGGAUUAAACAUGCAACGUGAAACAAAAUAGAUUCUGUACUUGAAUAAAAAGAUCAAUCUGUA